GCACAUAGAGAUUUCUCCCCACCCUGAGCCUGCCACUCACCGCUGAAGUGCAGAUCCUCCUUUACAGCUAGAGGAUGGGCUCCUCUUUCCUCUCUGGAAACCAGGUGGGGACCGACUCACCUGGAGAUAUGUUGAAGUAGAACUAUGAAAACCAAACCCAAAGCAACUUCCAGGAGACUCCAAAGAAAGCCAAGCAUGAGUGAUGUGAGUGGUCGGUCAGGUUUACUUAUGGCUGUGGAGCCAGGAAGCUUAAUUUGAGGUUAGUGAAGGAACAACCAAGUCACCAUAUUUGAGUGGUCUCAAGAGUAAACUGAGAAGAGAAGCCCAACCUUCAUCUUGCUUCACCUCCUGGCUCCUUUGUCACCUGACACUUCGCUUCCUCGUUGCUGAACUCGCUGGAAGAACCAUGGAAACCGAAAUGAGACGAGCAUACACUGUUAUUCAUUCACGUGCCCAUGCCUUCUGGCAAGGGUGCAUUGACCUUCAGGAGCUUUCGACUGAGUUCAAGAUCUGGGGUCAUUCUAGAGGAGCGGCAAGUAAGAGAAAGCGAAGAGCCUGCAGAAACAAGCCUGCUGCAGAAGAGGGUGCAGAGAGAAGCCUGCUGGAGAAGUGGCUGCAGAGAGAUGCCUGCUGCAGAGAGAAGCCUCCUGGCCAGAGAAGCCUGCUGGAGAAGUGGCUGCAGAGAGAUGCUUGCUCCAGAAACGGCGGCAUAGAGGAGAAGGUUGCUGUAAAAGCCACUGUAGAGACAAGUGUAGCACCUUAUCAGGGCCAAGAAGCCACCUCCUCACCUGACCCUUGAACAUUCUACUCUCCCAGUGAGAGAGAGGUGCCGGAGGGAUGGGCAAGAAGGUGGCAGAAGGCUUCCUUCCAGGGCUUCAGCUAAGUUUGGACUAGGAUGAGAUAGAAAGGCAUUAAAGGUUCCCACAGCUUCCUG